AUGGAAGAGCUAUACAGAAAGUUUGCAGAGACCCUAAAGGAAAACACUGCACUGAGGCAUCAGAUAGUAGAUCUUCAAUCAGCCCUGGCUUCAAAGGAGCAGGAACUGUCCAUGGCUAGGGAGUCCUCGGGAAUAACUCAUCACUUGAAGAAGAUAGAAUCCUUGGAGCAAGAAAACAAGAGAUUGAGAGACGCAGCUGACAAAGAUGGCCAUAGGAUCUACGAGGGAGAGAAUAUGAAUCCAAACACCCCUGCGAGUAAAGAAAGGACUGAAAGUAUUGCCCAGGCCAGUGAGGAAAAAGACCCCAACAACGAGCUUCGCCAAUAUCUUAGAACAAUAAGAGAGUAUGUCACUGGCCUUACCGGGUACAAAAUGGAGUUCCGAGACGGAGAGAUCAUCUUCCAUUCCCUCUAUGCCUUUGAUAGUGAGGAUGUUUUCAUCUUCCGGUAUAAGUCUGGGAGCAUGGAGCUUGUUAACAAUGAAUUUGCAGCCUCAUGGGCUUCGGAAAUCCAGAACUACCUGAUUGCAGGGAAGUCGAUUCCUGCAUUCUUAGCUGCAGUCACUCUGGAACUCUUCAAUAAAAAGACAUUUGGAUAG